CCUGUUGCUGUGGUUUAGUGCGAUAUUAGCAGUUAAUAACAUUGGAAUGAGUUGGCCUUUUACAGUCUUAACCUGAAGUUUGAGAUCCCAGUUGCGGUGAAUGAGCACAAGUGGAGACGAUUUCUGUGUGACAAGUACCUUUUAAGUGCUCUUUUAAGGAAGACAGAGCUGUUCAGAACUCUCUCUAAAAAUGGCAGAAGCCCAUCAAGCAGUAGCAUUUCAAUUUACAGUAACUCCAGAUGGGAUCGACCUGCGCAUGAGUCAUGAGGCGCUCAAACAAAUAUACCUAUCUGGUGUCCAUUCAUGGAAGAAAAAGUUCAUCAGGUUCAAGAAUGGAAUUAUCACAGGCGUUUAUCCUGCUAGCCCAUCUAGCUGGCUUAUUGUAGUUGUGGGUGUGAUGUCAACAAUGUAUGCCAAAAUUGAUCCUUCUUUAGGAAUAAUAGCUAAAAUCAACCGAACUCUUGAUACGACAGGUUAUAUGUCGAACCAAACACAGAAUAUCGUGAGUGGAAUACUUUUUGGGACAGGGCUUUGGGUAGCCCUUAUUGUCACAAUGCGCUACUCUCUAAAAAUGCUGCUUUCCUAUCACGGUUGGAUGUUCGCUGAACAUGGCAAACUUUCUGCAGGCACCAAAUUUUGGAUGGCACUUGUAAAACUCUUCUCAGGACGUAAGCCUAUGUUAUACAGCUUCCAGACAUCUUUACCACGAUUGCCAGUUCCGUCUGUGAAAGACACGGUCAAUAGGUAUCUGGAAUCAGUUCGACCACUUAUGAAUGACGGAGAGUUCCGAAGAAUGGAGGGUCUUGCCAAAGAUUUUGCGUUUAAUUUGGGACCAAGGCUUCAGUGGUAUUUGAAGCUAAAAUCUUGGUGGGCCACAAACUAUGUUAGUGAUUGGUGGGAAGAAUAUAUUUACCUUAGAGGACGUGGACCAAUUAUGGUUAAUAGUAAUUAUUUUGCAAUGGACUUCCUUUAUUUAGCUCCCACUACCUUGCAGGCAGCUAGAGCUGGUAAUGUUAUCCAUGCUAUCCUGCUAUACCGGAAGAAACUAGACAGACAGGAAAUCAAGCCAAUUCUUCUGUUGGGAUCUACUGUCCCGCUCUGCUCUGCUCAGUGGGAGCGGAUGUUUAAUACCUCGCGUAUCCCAGGAGAGGAAACAGAUACUCUCCAGCAUGUGAAAGACAGCAAACACAUUGUAGUGUAUCAUAAGGGACGUUACUUCAAAGUGUGGCUGUACCAUGAUGGUAGACUGUUGAAACCCCGAGAAAUUGAACAGCAGAUGCAAAGAAUUCUUGACGAUGCUUCAGAACCUCAGGCUGGGGAACAGAAGCUCGCAGCUCUUACUGCAGGAGAUAGAGUACCAUGGGCUAAAGCUCGGCAGGCUUAUUUUAGCCGUGGAAGGAACAAACAGUCCCUAGAUGCUGUUGAAAAAGCAGCAUUUUUUGUGACACUGGAUGACACUGAGCAAGGGUACAGGAAAGAAGAUCCAGUGGCAUCACUGGAUAUGUAUGCAAAGUCCCUAAUACAUGGCAGAUGUUAUGACAGGUGGUUUGAUAAAACAUUCACUCUUAUUGUGUUCAAGAAUGGCAGGAUUGGCCUGAAUGCAGAGCACUCUUGGGCAGAUGCUCCUAUUGUUGGUCACCUUUGGGAGAAUGCAAUGGCAACAGACUAUCUUGAACUAGGCUAUUCAGAAGAUGGACAUUGCAGAGGAGAUACCAAUCAAAAUAUUCCUAUUCCUACUAAACUGCAGUGGGAAAUUCCAGAAGAAUGCCAAGAAGUGAUUGAGAGGUCUCUGAGCACUGCCACAGCUCUGGCAGAUGAUGUAGACUUCUAUUCAUUUUUCUUUGAUGCCUUUGGGAAGGGGCUAAUCAAGAAAGCAAAAACCAGCCCUGAUGCAUUUGUGCAGCUUGCCCUGCAGCUUGCUCACUAUCGGGACAUGGGAAAAUUUUCUUUAACGUAUGAAGCCUCUAUGACUCGCUUGUUCAGAGAAGGCAGGACUGAAACUGUUCGCUCAUGUACUGUCGAAUCCUGUAAUUUUGUUCGAGCCAUGGAAGAUUCAACUGAAAGCAAUGAAAACAAGCUCAAGCUCUUGAGGAUUGCUGCUGCCAAACAUCAGCUUUUAUAUCGUCUUGCCAUGACUGGUGCUGGUAUUGACCGUCAUCUGUUCUGCCUUUAUGUGGUGUCCAAAUACCUUGCUGUUGAUUCUCCUUUUCUUAAGGAAGUUUUGUCAGAGCCUUGGAGGCUGUCAACGAGUCAGACACCACAGCAACACAUUGAUCUAAAGAAGAACCCUGAGAUGUUAGCCUGUGGUGGAGGAUUUGGGCCGGUGGCUGAUGAUGGUUAUGGUGUUUCUUACAUUAUCUUGGACGAAAAUUCUAUCCAUUUCCACGUCUCUAGCAAACUCUCGUGUUCUGAGACGGAUUCUCAUCGUUUUGGAAAAAACAUCCAAAAGGCAAUGGUUGACAUCAUGGCUCUAUUUAGCCUCAGUAAAAAUUGUACCAAAUGAUUUGCCUUACUGAUGCCAAUAGACUUCUGUUGCUGGAGUGAACUUUACUGAACAGUGCAUGACAGCAAAGUUUGUCAAGAAAUAAUUGGAGAAGAAACCAAGUCAUAAUCCACUCAAUCAUCUAUGAAAAGCUUAGCAGUAGCUUCUGUUCUAUGAUUUUUCAGUAGUUUGGAAGAGUUUCCUUCCACAGAGGACAACUUUUGAUAUUUUGUAUAUUCUGAGGGAUUUGAAGUAUAACACUGUUGCAUGAAGGCGUGUGUAUUCCAACUACUGCAGUUUUCUCUUAAUUGUAUACACUUGCUCUUUUCUGCUUAAAAUUGGAGUGUGCUUUUAUUCUAUAAAUGAAGGGAUAAAACAUAUCAAAUCUCAACCUCCAUAAUCCUAAAAAGGUUUGAUUUGGUAUGAAUUAACAGCAGAAUGUUCAUUAAUAUAUCUGCUUUAUGUCAAUGAGUGACAGAAUUUGUGGCUGUUUACCUACAUUGUCUUUUUCUUUAAAGAUAACUUAACAUACAAAAACACCCUGAAUAUGACCCAGUGUAACACACCAACUAGUAGAUUUUUUUUGCUUUUUGGAAGAAGUAUGUGCUACGAUAGGUAGUAAAAUGUCACCUAAAUUAGCAGGUAUCACAUUUUUCUAAUUAAUGGCAAGCAUAUUUGCUACAUCUUUAUUUCUAUAUAAAUGGACCUGUGUGCUUGUUUAUGUUAGUGCCUUAUAAAAGAAAGAUUCUAAACAAGGGAAAAAUCUUACACUGGGAGUUGGUUUUACAUUAUUUUAGUGGUGGACAAGUGGAAGUAGUGAUGCAGAUUUAGAUUUCAAAUUGUAAUUUAGGUGGGUGUGACACAAGUAGACUUGAGUAUGCUUCUGAAUGGUGCAUUUAGGUUUAAAGCUGUAAUGAAAUGCUCUUAUCUCAAAUGGCAGGAGAUGGGUCCCUAUGCAAAGCAGGAGAAACUUUUGUUUCAGAACUCAGAUACUCAAACACUUGUUUUGCUACAUGGUAUCAGUUGUCAUCUGAGAUAAAAGCUGCAUCUUACACACAGUUUCUGGGUCCCGGGGAAUGUAAAUUUAAUUAAAUUCAAAGCUGCUGGAUAGCCUGCAAGGCAAGGCUGCCUGCAGAUGCUGCACAAUCAAAGUUUGCCUGCUUUCAGCCUGGAAGGACCAAUACUGCAUUGCCAACCUUCUACAUGAGAAAGACUAACCAUGAAGGCAAGUAGGAUGCAGUCCCAGAGUGGGGGAAUCGCAGCCAUCUCAAAGCAGUUCCUGGAGAGGCCCUUGGUCAGAUCAGAACUUUAGCACAAUUUCCUGAAGAAUGCAGUGAGAGAGAACUGUUUCACUCAAAGUGGCAUGAUGUUUUCCAAGAAGUAUAAUAGCUUGCAGCGUUUAUAAAAACAGAAAUUGCUUUGUGUGACGCUUCUUCGAGUGUAGCUACUUUUUAAAUUGUGUAGUGCUGUAAAAUGUACUUGUCAGGGCAACAAUGUUUUCUUUCAGGAAUAUAAAAGACUAUGAAAUAGGUACAUGGUGUUUAGUAAAUACAGUGAAUGCUGCUCCCGAGCUAUGUUAACUUUAAAAGCCCUCUCGGUUGAUAGAAGACUUCUUAGUUCUGGGGGUGGUUUUUGGCCAGUAUUUCGUAACUUUCUAUGCCUCGUCAUGUUUUUUUUAUUCUGAUCUAGAUAAUAAAAUGCCUGUCUAUAUACUUUUGAGGUGGGAAGCCUCAACAAAGAUCCCAGAUGCACACUUAAGCAAAUCCAUGCUUACAUGAAUGCAGGACUCCCCACAGGAAUUGGCCAAAGACAUUCAUUAUUUGAUUGGGUAUGGUGUGCAGGCAAGUAGAUUUUGAGAUAAGCCUUACUGCAGCUGACAGGCCUGGCAUUUAUCAAACUACUGCAACAUCUUCAUAGUGACCUAUUCAUUUGAAGCUGCAGAAAUAAUGCACUGUUUCCAUUGACCACUGACCAAUCUGUGCUUAACUUAACAUUAAGACAUAUUAGCUUAUAGGAUUUUCUUAAAAAAAGUUUAGAUUUGACUCUCAGGUUUUAAAUGUUUCAAGUCUAAUUGUAGUUAGUGCAGUUAUCAAUGCAAUUUUACAUUCUUAAAAAGAGUAAAUAUAAUUGGCACAGGAAGUUGGUUUUUAUUGUAAAUGUUUAAAAGGGUGGUAAGUGUUAAAUGUAUCUUUUUUUUUUUAAUUGGGGUAGAUCAUAAUUCCUAAACAGGAUUUUAUUUCAUUUUCUUUAAAAUGUCAACAGUAUGUAAAUAAAAUACGCUUUUUGGAUGUAAAUCUUAGAAAUGCACAGUGAAUGUAGGUUAUUAAUAAUUUAAAUCUUGAUGUUCAAUAUUAUGUACAUACAGUCAAACUGCUUGCAUUUUUGCUCAAAAGCCAUAGGAAUCUAACUGAAAUUACUUAGAUUUGAAUGAACUUUCUAGUACAGUGUACUUAAGAUUAGAAUAAAAUUGUUUGUAUUUUAGGAAAAUGAUUUAUCUGUUACUAAAGCCUUGAAUCACACAUUCUCAGCUAGUGAUUUAAGGGCUCAAAGCUAAGGCUGAGUAGACAGCAAAAGUCAGGUUGGAUGAUAAUUAAUUGACCUGUUUAUUACAUAGCAGUGAGGAAUUGAUGGAAUACCUCAACUGUGCGUUUGCAGAAUUUCUUACCGUUUCAGCUCCUUUUAUGUGAGAGAUUAGGAGAGCUUAGGUGCAUUGGGAGGCUAGUCCAGUGUCCAGUAACACCAUGCCAAACUAAAUACCGUCUAAGGGUUGGGUUUUUGAGGGAAUAAGGAGGUAUGUGCCUGACCUUGAAAAUCAUGGUUCUAAUUUAGCCUUUGUACCUGUUGCUUUCUUGUAUAAAAUGUAUUAAUUUAAACUAGUUCUAUCUUGUUUACUUACUCUACUCCUAUGGUUGGUUAUUUACAUCCAGCACUUUGUCUCAGAUAUAUUUAUGUUCUACCCUCUUCUAUGACUUAAAAUAAAAAAUAAAGUUUCAC